AGUCGACUUGAACUUGAAGGUCAUUUGCAUUGCAUGCCAUGUAGUCCCCAUAAUCAUCCACUGCGGUUUACUCCUGUUAUACAUGCGCAACUUUGACUUCACAAUGACCCCUUCCACCUACACGAUCCGUUCCAUCCACUUGCAAGUUGAUUGGGGCUUUUUACUUUGCGUCAUUGGUUAUGAGAUAUGGUUGAAUUUGCUAAGUUUCUCGACGUACAAUCUCAUUUUCAAACAGCUGUUUGGUGGCGAAUUUAGAUUGACUGCGAUAUACGACAUGUUGAAUGCCAUGUAUGGACCUGGCGCCGCACUAGCUGCUCUUUGGGACCAACGAAUGACUGCCACGGCCUGCUCAGAGGCGACUGUCUUUCUUUUCUAUGUCAUAGGCCUCACCUUUUUGCGUUCUCAUGCUACUAUGGUGCUAGUCCCUACAUCUGCUGAAAGGGUCCAUACCUUUGCAGUACCUGCGCUAUCGACAUGGCUAGAUGCUACUGUGAACACCCAGAAUUGGAAUUGGUUAACAAUACUAUCUGUGGCAUCGAAACUUGGGCAGUUAUCUCCGACAGCCAUAGGACUCGGUGACGGUUUCCUCUAUGACAUUAUAUCCCCUGAUGCGACAGGAAACGCAACUGUGACUGCCACAGAAGUGAGCGUCACAUGCUUCCUUGCACAAAAUUUAUCGUACGAGCAAAGUGUCGCAAACGAGCCUUUGAUCUAUACCAACGCAACAACCACCCUUGCUUUGGAUGCAAUUCCAUGGAAAGACCAAGUAUUGUAUCUUCUUGACAGUCCAUUGAUUGGGGGCUGGCUCAAUUUCCUGUUGACGACUGGGACUGCUGAAAAUCCCUCAAUUGACGAAACAACAAUGCAAGGAACCUGGUAUUAUGAUAGCGACCUUGCUGGAAAUAGUACUCGGAGCUCUAUCGACUUGCACUUUGCAAUCUGCAACGUAUCACUACUUCGCCGAAAUGCUACCGUGGAUGCGCAGACAAACACUUUACUGGUCGUCCCAGAAAUGCCUGCAUCCCCUCCGCAAUGGACAACCAUACCAGCACUCGCAUCUUUGCCUCCCGAGCAAAUCGUCGAUGGCGGCGUGAUUACAAUGCCAUUUAAGACGCAAAUUUCUUACACGGGCAUAAGAACCUGCUUUGACAAGAUCGACCAUUACCCAUGCAACAGGAACACGUCAGUAGGAGAACUGCUACUCAUGCAGUUGAUAGGCAUGCCCUUCAGUAGUAUCAUCCCCGAUGUUCCCAUCAAUAUCACGCAAGAUACGGCCCCGAGUGGAAACGAGCAUUUCAAUACAACACCGUCAUUCAUGAUAUCAAAACAUCAGAUGGAGACGGCAUUAUCAAGAUUGUAUGCAAAAGUCGUCUGGAUAGCCGGGGAGUUGGGUGAUUCUGGCGGGGGGUUUCAACGGACCGAAGCUGAAGCGGAAGUAACACAGUUUGUAUUGGGGAACCGUCUGGAAUUUGAUUAUACUUCGAACCUUCUCGCCUUGCUCGCUUCCUGCUAUCUUCUUGCACUCGUUAUUCGUAUUUCUGCAAGAAGGACAGGAACAAGUGUACAGACGUCUAACCUGGCAUUCAUGUGGUUGGCAAAACAUUCACAGGAUCUUACAACCCAAUUCGCCAGAAUUUUAUAUCCUGAUAAUCAGGUGCUCCGCAGGGCCGGAAUGUUUCGAGUUGGAGUUCAAGAUAGUAGUCGGGUUUUUGCAAUUGAUGACCUCCCAGAUAUAGCAGGUUCGGACUGCACAUCUGCGACUAAACCAGGUGUAUUUCAACGAAUCUGGCAUGGAAUUUGCGCUUGUGCGGGCACUCCUUGGCACCGAAUGAAGUCGCUGAGAUUGUUCUCCUUCAAGUACAGAGUGUUGGGGAGCCACAAAGAGACGAAGACACACCGCCCCAAUCAAUUCAUGCAACACUGGCUUUGCAUGAUCUUACAUGCCCUCUUUGUUAUCCUAAAUGCUCUCCUCCUUUUUGCAACCAACCACUACAAUAAAGAAGACAUUGUGUUCUCAGUCACGUCUCAUAUUGAGACGUGGGAGUUUGGCAUUCGCGAGUGUAUACAGGCAUACUAUACUUUGUCGGUCGCCGCCCUAGUUUACUUGGCUCAAACUGUCACCCUUCCCCAUGAUCUAGCACGCUUCCAGUCUCUUUCUUCAUUGCAUGACGUCAGGAGUUCCUGGCGUAGCUGGAGUUCGGCUUGCCUUUGCCUUUUAUCCCAGGGUUCAUAUCCUGGUUUCAGGUCUCCCAUGAGGAUCUUUUGCGUGUUUUGCUACCUCUUUUCCCUCUCAAGCAUUUCUUUCCUGCGACCAUACAUCGUUUCGCCUCAAACUUACACCAUCACCGUCGCCGGGUCAUCAUCUACGCAACUCGCAUGGCCAGAUCUAACGACAAAUAUCAGCGCUCUGGAUUGGAAUGUGAUAACUUCGGCUGCCUUGUCUUCAAAUCAGACCAAGGGGGUGGUGACCACGGGGCUAUCAGGCGGCUUAUUGUACGACGAAUUAUCUCCAAAUCCUGGAUUUGGAACUGCAGUUGUGAAUGCAACGCUCAUAGAUGCCAACUGCUCCUUGUUGCCGAGUUCGUUUUGGUCCAAUGCUGAUGGCUCCCCUCAACUUGAAGACUUCAUCAGCGUGAUUCCUUGGUCAGAUCAAGUGUUGCACAUUGUGUCUGUUGAGGAUUAUCUUACUUUUCUUGUUACGACGGCAAUGGCUGAAAGUGGAGUGGUGCUAGAGAACGCUUCAAUGUCUAUGCCAUGGGCAACGUAUGACAGCAAUGGUGAGCAUGAUUCCCCUGGGACAUAGUGACGUUGAAUAUCUUGUUAUAAUUUUUACUAGGGCAUGAAGUGUCUAGUACACAAGUGGUAGGAUACAUGGUUGCGUGUCACAUGUCUCUUGAGAAGCAUGUGGCUACCGUCGACGUUCAAUCCAAUUUACUUCUUGAUACUACAUAUAAUUCGGCAUCCU